UGUUAUGCAUUAAGUUAAAAGCCGCAUUCCAAAAAAAAAUAUGUUCGUUGCAAGAACGCGCAAUUUCGUGAGAAAAACAAAUGUGCCCGGCAACUGGAGCUGGUGCCGUUGGAGCAGCACAACAGAACCGGUAAAAACAACUACACACGAUGCGACAACAAGCAAACGAGAGCAGCUACUCAAAGAGUUAGAGGAUCCUCUCGAGCAGAGCAGCAGCCGGCAAGCAAUCGAUCCGAAGGAGACGAGCGUGGUACUGUUUCCUGGCCAGGGCACACAGUAUGUUGGCAUGGCCAAGGAUCUGCUGCGGUUUCCCGGCGCUCGACGCAUCUUUCAGCUGGCCAACGAGGUGCUCAAAUACGAUCUGCUCAAGAUCUGUUUGGAGGGUCCGCGCGAGAAACUCAAUCGCACCGAAUACGCACAGCUGGCCGUGAUGGUCUCCUCGUUAGCGGCACUGGAGCAACUGCGCGAAGAGCGGCCCAAAGCCAUAGAAAGUUGUGUGGCCACCGCCGGCUUUAGUCUGGGCGAGAUCACAGCUCUAGUCUAUGCCGGAGCGCUGCCCUUCGACAAAGCACUCCAACUGGUGCAGGUACGCGCCAAUGCGAUGCAGGCGGCCUGUGAUCAAGCAGCGGGCGCCAUGGCAAUGACACUCUACGGCCCGGACACCAAUCUGGGCGAGGCAUGCGCCAAGGCGCAACAGUGGUGUCUGGAUCGGGGCGUGGAGUCACCUUAUUGUGGCAUUGCCAACUACAUGUAUCCCCAUUGCAAGGUCGUGGCAGGCAAUGUGGAGGCCCUCGAGUUCCUGGAGCAGAAUGCCAAGGCUCUCAAGAUACGCCGGAUGAAACGCUUAGCGGUCAGCGGCGCAUUUCAUACGCCUUUGAUGCAAAGUGCCGUUGAGCCAUUUGCCAAGGCUCUCAAGUCCAUUCGCCUGCAAGAUCCUAUAAUACGCGUCUACUCCAAUGUGGAUGGGAAGCCAUACAAGCAUGCGACGCACAUCCUCCGCCAGCUGCCCAAACAGAUUGUGCGUCCAGUGAAAUGGGAGCAGACGCUGCACGAGCUCUACGAGCGGCGGCAAGGCGCCGACUUUCCGCGCACCUUCGAGUGUGGUCCCGGCAAGGGACUGACACAGGUGCUCGAGAAGGUCAACGCCAAGGCGGCACAAACGGCACACAACGUGUCAGCUUAACAACUAUUAACAUUGAAAAAAUAUAAACAUUUUUUUUAUGCUUUAUAUA